CUUGUCGAUUAAUUUGUUGGAAACUAUGUCUGGCGGUCCUCAUGUUCUUCCUCCUCUCCCAUGGGCAGAAAAUGCUCUGGAGCCUCACAUGUCUGCCGAGACUAUUCAGUAUCAUUAUGGAAAGCAUCAUGCUACGUAUGUUGCCAAUCUCAACAAGAUUUGCGCUGAAGAUGGUGAUGUUGCGAAGAUGAGCAUGGAGGAAAUCAUCAAGACCAAGAGUGGAGGAGUCUUCAACCAGGCCGCUCAGGCAUGGAACCAUACUUUCUUUUGGAAUAGCCUAUCCCCCAGUGGUGGUAACGCUCCUACUGGCAAGGUUGCUGAUCUCAUCAACAGAGAUUUCGGGAGCUUCGAGGAGUUCAAGAAGCAGUUCACAGCCGCCGCUGUCGGUCAUUUCGGCAGUGGUUGGGCCUGGCUUGUGGCUGAUAACGGCAAGCUGAAAGUUGUUCAAGGUCACGAUGCUGGCUGUCCUCUGAGAGAUGGUCAGAUCCCCAUUAUCAACUGUGAUGUAUGGGAGCAUGCCUACUACAUUGACUACAGGAACGCUAGGCCUAAGUAUGUGGAGCAUUUCUGGGAGAUUGUCAACUGGGACUUCGCCAAUAAGAAUGUUGUUGCAGCCGGCUUGUGAAGAUGACUAUUGUUCUGGUCGUAGCUGCUCCUAGGCUAGGACUUACGGGAGCAUACAAAGCUUCCUGUUAUUUCUCAUCGUACUCGUGUGAGUAGUUCAGUCGAUUGAUGGAAGAAGAUUUGAGAAUUUUUCACU